UGUUAAUUUCUGAGGCUGUCGUCAAACACAACCAAAUAGACUCGCGAGACGCGUCAGCGAAAGCAGGAGCCAAGCCAUUUCUUUCACUUAAUUGAACAUGGAAGGCAUGGAAGGUCUCGCAGAAAUGAUGGGUGGUCAGCUUCGUGGAAUGCGGGGUCCUGCGUCAGAUUCGGCAGUACCUGAUAGCGGAGAAGUCAUUCACAUAUCAUCUCUGGCACUAUUAAAGAUGUUGAAACAUGGCCGAGCUGGCGUUCCUAUGGAGGUUAUGGGUCUCAUGCUCGGAGAGUUUGUCGAUGAAUAUACCGUGCAAGUUGUGGAUGUCUUUGCCAUGCCACAGUCUGGUACCACCGUGACCGUUGAAUCAGUCGAUCACGUCUUCCAAACUAAGAUGCUCGACAUGUUGAAACAGACAGGACGACCGGAAAUGGUGGUAGGGUGGUACCACUCGCAUCCAGGGUUCGGAUGCUGGCUUUCGAGUGUUGAUAUCAACACACAAGAAUCGUUUGAACGCAUGCAGAACCGCUGUGUUGCUGUUGUCAUCGAUCCUAUUCAGUCCGUCAAAGGGAAAGUCGUCAUUGAUGCAUUCAGAUUAAUCAACCCUCAAACUGUUAUUAUUGGGCGUGAACCGCGACAAACGACGUCCAACAUUGGUCUCAUCAACAAGCCAUCAAUUCAGGCACUCGUGCACGGAUUGAAUAGGCACUAUUAUUCAAUCGCCGUGAAUUACCGCAAGACGGAGCUUGAACAAUCAAUGUUGAUGAACCUGCACAAGAGAAACUGGACAGAAGGUUUGAAGUUGCGUGACUUUUGUUCACACAAGGAGAGCAAUGAGAAGGCUAUUAAGUCUAUGCUCACGCUGUCCGAGGCGUACAACAAAUCCGUGCAAGAGGAAUCAACGUUAUCUGCGGAAAAGCUGAAGACACGGCAUGUGGGGAAACAAGAUCCAAAGCGACAUUUAGAAGAAUCGGUGGAAAAAGCAAUCGGGGACCAAGUGGUGCAGAACCUGGGUACGAUGUUGCUGGCCGAACUAUAGAUUCUCUUUCGUCGGACUUCUUUUGCAUUCCCAUGGGUGUCAUUCAGAAGCAUAUCAGGCUCGCAGUUAACUCGCGGAGUUCUGCGUGAUGAAGAAGGCAGCCAAGAGUCCAAAGUCGAGAACGGCUCCACAGAGAAGAGCUUUUGAAAUUGUCACAUGGCUGUGUAGCGCUUGAUGACAGUGCAUCAUGUCUUACCCAUCGCGGCGAUGUGAAAUUAAGUUCCACCAGAAGGUCUUGGACUUUCAGAUCAUAGAGCUAUUUCUGAAUGGCAAGUGCACUCUGACAGUGAGACCCUCGACACCGAGUGGCGUUCAGGGACAAGAAGACAAACUUUGAGUGCACUUCGUCUAUCGCAGGCA